AUGAGGGAAAAAAAGCAGUGAGAGAAGGGGGAUGUAUGCGGCACCCUCAGGUUGACAGUACAGUCAUGAAGCCGAGACAGGUAACUCUCAAUAGGUAACUCACAGAAGACCAGCAACUGUCACUGUCUUUAGAUCUCUACAAGUGGAUGAGUAGGACAUUCAUUGAAACUACGUUCUGCAACUUGUCUACAUUGGUCAGAGUCAGGACAUGGACAGGAUUUACUGCACAAAGUUCUUCUUUUCGAUCCUGAUAGUUUGUUCCACUGCUCAAUAUUAUGGGAGCCAGCCCCCGCCUCAAGUUUAUCCAUCUCAGCAAAACUCUGCCGCUUGGAGACAGUGGUACCAGCAGCAGCAAAUACAGAGACAACAGCAGCAGCAAAACAUGGCUGCCCAGACCGCGUACCAGAAACAGCUAGCAGCCUACAAUGCCGCGCGGGCCGCGGCCACCAGGCAAGCCACGUCGCAGCAGCAAUAUCAGCAAUACUAUCAGCAGCAGGCUGCAAGGGCAGCAGCAACGUAUCCUAGCUAUGGCCAAGCGGCGGCCAAAUACCCGGCGCCGGCCACCGCCUACUUCCCCUCCUUGGCGGCCACCAAUUAUCAGCCCCAGGUAUCUAGUGCCUAUCCCGGAACUGUGGCUAGCAGUUAUCCAUCACCGGUAGCCAGUGGCUACCCAUCGGCUGGGGCAUAUCCAACAUCCGUGGCUGGUAGCUACCCUUCGCCUGUAGCUAGCAGUUACCCAUCUCCUGUAGCUUCUAAUUAUCCUUCACCCGUGGCUAGCGGAUACCAAUCGCCCGUCGCUAGUGGCUACCCAUCUGUAGGUAGCUACCCAAGUGCUGGAGGCUAUCCGUCAGCUGGUAGCUACCCAACAGCAGGAGGCUACCCAUCGGCAGGAAGCUACCCGUCGGCAGGAGGCUAUCCAUCAGCAUCAAGCUAUCCCUCAGCAGGAAGUUACCCUUCACCAGCAGGCUACCCAUCAGCUGGAAGCUACCCAUCGUCCGGAAGUUACCCAUCGCCAGCAGCUGCAGGUAGUUACCAGGCUCAAGUUACAACGCCACCGCCAACAACUACACCACUUCCGGUCGAGUUAGAAGUUGAGUACGAGGUGCCAACCACCACCACCACCGCCGCCCCACGCGCCCAGCAGAGCCAGUGGGGACAAUACAAUUACGCCGCCGGGCAGGCAUCUUCUAUCAAGCAAAACCCUCCUAAGUCACCUACCGUCCCGCUGUCAAGUUUGUUAGCGAAACUUGCUUCAAAACUAGCCAUCUCUGCACCACAGAAAAGUUAUGGGCCUUCCGCUGCGUUUGGCAAUGCUCCGUCGCUGCCACCGACAACAGCAGGUCAAGCCCCUCCUCCUGGUCCACCCUCGAAAUGGGACGGUAUACUGGACAUCUCGCCACAGCAGCAUCAACAGGUCGGCUCAGGGCAGUGGCAGCAGUUUCCAGCGCCGUUGUCCAGCCCACAGCCUUUCCCCCCGCCAAACCCCGCCCAGCCUAACCACCAAUACUAUCAACAGCCAAACCAUCAACCUCCGAACCCAGCUCAUAAUGGUCCCUCUCCGCCACAAUCUCAAGGAGGCGCACCCUCACCCUUAGACCAACCACCCCCGCAAUGGAACUCCAACCGUAACACGUGGCCCCAACCUCAGCCACCUCAUCAAGGCUUAGACAGGCCGAACAUACCCCCUCCUCAGCCGUUACAGCCAGAGAAUGCAGUCCUCAGCUCCGCCAACAGGCAACAAAAACCUGCCCAUUGGGAUACACAGAAGGGCGCAGCGCCCCCUGGUGUGAAUCACAGAGCUUCGAACCAAGCUUAUGACCCGCAGUACAAUUCUCAAACAGGCUCUCAGCAAAGUUCCUACCCCCAGCAGAGUUCUUAUCCACAACAGGGUUCCUACCCACAGCAGAGUUCUUAUCCACAACAGAGUUCCUACCCACAGCAGAGUUCUUAUCCACAACAACAGCAACCUCCAGCACAGCCUGGUACAUACAGCAACUACUAUCAACAACAGCCUGCUUCUAACAACCCACCCCAGAGCGCUCCGGCACAACAAAAUCCUGCGCCGGCAGAGAAUCUUGACCCAUUCUCUUCUCAGUUCGAUGUUAACGGACUCAAGCCAACAAUAUUUAACCCUCAGUACCAACCAGCACAGCCACCUCCUCAGCCACAGUCAAACUUUGGACAACAACCUGCUGCCAAUGAGUUUGCUGGUAUUUUUGAUCAAAAUCCACAGAAUCCUCCUGCCCCUCCAAACAAAUUAGACUUCUCAGCUAAAGGCCCAAAUCCUAUUCAGCUAAAUCAAUUUUUAGCUCAACCUAUGGCACCAAAAGAAGCCAACUCCAUGUCUAAUAAUUUGGAUGCCUUACUAGGAACACUGUUGAGCAAUGGGGCAACAUUAGCCCAGCAACCCAAGCCAAAGAUUACAACGAAGCCCCCACCAACACCAACAGGCUCUGGAUUCGUAAGUGACAGGCUCAACGACUUUAUUCUGGGGCCAAAGAAUGAGUUCCGUAGCAACGAUUUCAGUGAGAUACCUACCAACACCGGAACCUAUGACUCAUUGAAUCCUCUAGCUGCAUUUAUGGGUGAGACACCACCGCCCCCAACAACCACAACACAAGCACCACCGGGAAGAAAUGGAGAUUUCCUGGCAGGUUUCAUUGGAGUAAAUAAAGAGAUUACUCAGACAAAAACAACAUCAGAAGCACUUCCUCCCAACAUUUACAUGUAUGACUACCAGCAGACGCCGGUGACGCCUACACCUCAAGCUAGUGGAGACUUGAAUAACAUGGGCACACAAGAUCUUAGCGCCUUAGUACAGAAGCUGUUGGGGGUUUUAGCGGUUAAACAGGCAACAGGAAGUCAGACUCAGGGUUGAACAAAAGACAGACCAAAGUAAAGAUGCAGUUUCAAGAAAAUACAUUGUCUCAAGUAGUUCCUUCCUUGGUACAGCACUUAAAUAAGAGUUGCAGUUCCUUUAACAGCAUUAAAAAACCAGUGCUUAUUACCAAGCAGUUUAUUUAUCAUCUUAUUUUAAGUCCAUUUCAAAUGUUAACAGGGAGUCUUGAUCAUUGAUUUUGUCAUUAAUAUCUUAAUAAAAAUGUGGAAUAGUUGUAAUGGGGAGGGGAAUUAAAAACAAAUUUGAUGCAAACUUUUUUACUUUAAGUUUGUAGCAAUUUAUGAAUAACAAUGAAAACAACGAGAUGUUUCUUUUCAACUGUCAAAGAUCUACAUUCUUUCAUUUGUAUGUAUUUAUUUCAUUCACCACACUGCUUAUAUGUCACCAUAAAUAUACGGUCUGUACAGAUAACCUUGAGUCUUGAGUCCAGCAAGAAAAGUAUGACACCAUUAUUCUUGCCUAUUAUGUUAAUAUCAAAGACAAGUACCCUGCUAUGUAUGUAACAAACUAAUUGUGUGGUAUCCUGACAAAAUCUUUUGGGUGAAAUGUUGUUUGCACAAAAUUUGUACAAAAAAGCAAACAAAAAAAUAAAAUAUGGAUUAGAAAUGUGUUUAUAUUAAUAAUUAUAAAUGUGGUGUUACUUGUUUUUUUUUGUCUUUUGUAGUAAAAAAAAAUGUUGAUAAUAAAUUUUGUGUUCACACAUUUAA